UGCACACUGUACGAGAACAGUAUGUUUGGAUACGCGAUCGAUUCGAUUGCCUUUCAAAAAUCCGCUGAUUUUUUUUGGAAUCAUUAUUCGAAGGAACAAGAUAGUUGGAGAGGUAAGGUAGUGUCCAGAAGGAAAGCACCGAUUUAAUGUGCCACUCUCUUUCUUUGAUCACUCAUUCAUUCUUUCCUGGCCAUCUCUUCAAAUAAUUUUCUGCUCUUCCCUCAGAUCAACCCUUAUGGUGUUACACACUCCAUCAUUUCGGAAUCACGCCGCUACAAUUGACAGGAAACGGUAAAGAUAUAUUGUUCGACCAAGAAGACCAAAGAACUGCAAAAGGAAGCCACAAAUACAAAUCGGAAUCGGUUAUAUCCGCAGCAAAUUAUUACGAAUCAUUGUCUCACAUGGUGUCCUUAGCCAACUCUUGUUGGUUAGAUUCCAAUAGUACCGCAUCAAAUAGCUCACUUAAACCAGCGGAAAUCACCCAUGAAUCCCCUCUMACGCCGGUCUGCCCCGAUCAAUUUCGUCGAGCCAUGGCGCCCACUGAGAGGACAAAUCCGGGCCUGACGAUAAGUAUUCCAUACUCCGCUCAACCAGCUCUGCUUCUUCAACAGUUAAGAAACUUUGCGACRUAUCCAAAAAAUAUACAAACAAAGCUCAAUAUUAUAGUUGUUGACAAUGGGUCUCCAUCGGGUCUUCGCGCUAUGGAUCAUCUCAACAUCUCAACCGGCGGCAGCAUCASGUCUCAAUUUCUAAAUACAAAUCAAACCGGGCCAGCCAUUCCUUAUCAUUAUUUACUGAKUGUUGUUCGAGUCAAUCACAAUAUUGACUGGAAUGAAGAAGGAUCUCACAAUCUAGCAUUUUAUUUGGCCAAAACGAAAUUGGGCUUGAUUCUUGAUAUACGAAUGCUAGUUCCAAUGGAGACCAUCCGGGAUGUAUUCACGUGGGAAACGACAAGAGCUAACAAUGAGACGAAAAGAAACCAACCUUUCGCACACAAGUUCAAUCGAAUGAAACCAAACGGAGAGAGAAAGCACCAGCAGACUUGUGCACUUGUAGAAAUACCGGAAUUUUGGAAUAGUGGUGGAAUGGAUGAAGAUUUUUCUGGGAACUAUGGAUAUGGCACGUCUCCUCACUUUUGGCACAAGUGGGAACAGGGUGGACGGGCCACACAAAUUCACGAUAGUGUGUAUCUACUGGAACAGGAAACAAAAGCAUGUGACUCACGUUGGCUCUACUCAUCAGAAAAGGUCACGGAGUGCAAAAUUACUCGGUCAAACAUGGCAAAUCCAUCAAAAGAAGGAAAAAGAAAUCGCAAAUUAUGGAAAGAAAAGAGCUCUGGAAAGAGGGCAWGGUUGAAUGCGUAUCUGCGAUUCAACUGGACACUUGAUUUUUGAGCCAAAAAAUGUUUGGGAUAGUAAUAGAAUUAGUUUAAGUCA